AUAAACACGACGUGGCCCAUAGAAGAUGAAAAUUCCAUAAUCUUCUGGUCACUCAUAAUGAACACCACGAUCAAUGUCCACUUGAACGUCACAGUGGACGAUAAUAAUUCCGAUUCGGUGUACGAUGUACCUACCCUGAUCCUAGUGCUGCUCAGCAUUCUCUAUGGAACAAUCUCUGUUUUAGCAGUACUGGGAAAUUCUCUUGUCAUAUGGAUAAUAGUAACCUCGAAACGCAUGCAUAAUGUAACCAAUUAUUACAUAGCGAAUCUAGCGUUAGCAGACAUCGUUAUUGGCCUAUUUGCCAUUCCCUUUCAGUUUCAAGCAGCCUUGUUGCAAAGAUGGAACCUGCCACACUUUAUGUGCGCCUUCUGCCCGUUUGUGCAAAUCCUCUCUGUGAACGUCUCGGUGUUUACCUUAACAGCGAUUGCAAUCGACCGACAUCGAGCAAUAUUGAAACCCCUCAGUGUGAGACCUAGCAAACUGACGGCUAAAAUAGUGAUCGCUGGAAUCUGGCUCGUGGCGAUGGUCCUGGCGACGCCAAUGGCAGUGGCACGUAGGGUCAUUAUGGUCCCAGAAGGACUUAUUUGGUCCCCAACAGAUAUAGACAAACUGAAGCCGUUCUGCCAAGCUGUGAAUCUGUCCAGUAGAACGAUGCUAAUUUACUCGAUGCUCCUGGCGUUUCUGCAAUACUUAACACCGUUAUCAAUUAUUUUCUGCGUGUACACAAGAAUGGCCCUAAAGCUGUGGGGCAACAGGGCGCCCGGGAACGCAGAGGAUUUCCGUGACGCGAAUUUCAUG